AUGAAGGACGUCCUCAGCAACGCCAACUUCCCCCAAGAUGCCCAAGGCCGAACGUAUCACGUAGCCACCAAGGCUGGACAGGUUGCUAACCGUAUCAUCACGGUUGGCGACCAGGUGCGCGCGCACCGCAUUGCCAAGGCCUUCGACGGAGGCAAGCCGCUGUUCGAGUUCAACUCGCAGCGCAACUUCCUUACGCUCACGGGCACGUUCAAGGGCGUGCCCAUCUCGAUCGUAGCCAUCGGUAUGGGCUUUUCCGUGGUCGACUUUUUCGUGCGCGAGUGCCGUGCGGUUGUCGAGGGCGAGAUGAUCAUCGUUCGUCUUGGCUCGUGCGGCUCGCUUCAGCCCGAAUACGGCAUCGGCACCGUCGUCGUCCCCAAGGCAUCGUUUGGGAUCUCGCGCAACUACGACUACUUUCACCACGACACCACUGCCGAUGAGCGACGCUCUGGUGCGCUCGAGCCGUAUCUGAUCACCAAGCCUCUCGACGCGGAUCAGGAGGUCCACGAUGCACUGCUCGCCGCACUCGAGGCUGAUAAACCCAAAAACAGCGCCGAGCUUUUCGGUGGCGAGGAGGUCAAGGCUGCUGGCGAUACGGUGAAUGCAUCGGCGGAUAGCUUCUACGGAAGUCAGGGCAGGAUCGACCCCGCAUUCGUCGAUGCCAACGCGAAUCUGAUCGAUGUGAUCAGGGAAAGAAGACCUGGUGUGGCCACGCUCGAGAUGGAAACUUUCCUCCUCAACCACCUUGCUGCCGCUGCGAAUGAUGCCAUUGACCUGGCGCAAAAGAACGGCGAACAGCCAGUGCACAAGGGCAAGAUCAGGACCGGUGCCGUUCAGAUGAUGUGCGUUCCAAACUCCCCGGCCAGCAACACGCGAGCAGAUACUGACAGAAGUUUGGCUCGGAACAGCUUUGCAAACCGAAACACCUCGGCAUUCAUCUCGCCCGAACAGUGCGAGACGCUCGAACACUGGGCGGGCAAGUCGGUGCUCACUGCGCUUGCCAACAUCCAAAUUCCCAACGAACGACUCCACCCCUCCGGCGUCUGGAACCAGUCCGCCUAG